CGAAAACUUUUACAAAAUCUAGCUACAUCAUUCGCAUUAGGCAGAGGAGCAAUGUUGUUGACUGUGGUGCUGUGUUCGAGUCUCCUUGCAGCGGUCCUCGGCGAGCCGGCCAAUCAGUUCAAAGACCUUCUGCUCAACAAGCACAACGAGUUCCGAAAGAUGCAGAAGGGCUCUAAUAUGAAUAAACUGGUAUGGAGCGAUACUUUGGCCCAGGAGGCCGAUGCCUGGAUAGCGCGUUGCAACUUCGAGCAUCAGAACAAGGGCCGUGGUGAGAACCUCGCUUUCAACACGAAAGACGAUGAUAUCGCAAACAUCAAUCAAGCUAUGCAGGACUGGUACGAUGAGAUUAAAACGUACAACUACGCAGGCAAGAAGUGUGGAAUGAGCUGUCAUUAUACUCAGCUAGUAUGGAGUCAAACCCGCGAGGUAGGCUGUGCCAUCAGGAAGUGUCCCUCACUGACCGCGUUCGGCAAAUCAGUUAAGAACGGCUGGUAUCUCGGUUGCUGGUACGACCCCAAAGGAAAUGACAAUACCGAGUACCCGUACCUGACUGGUGCCCCCUGCUCAUCCUGCCUUGAGGGCCAGACAUGUGAGGAUGGACUAUGUGCAGGCGUGGGCAAGGAAGUGUGCGAGGACAAGAAGCCCGAGUGCGUCUCGUGGGAGGCGAGCGGCUCGUGCACCUCCAACAAGGCCUACAUGGUGAAGUAUUGCAGGCAGGCCUGCGGCCUCUGUGAAGGUGGCGCUCCGCGUGAAUGCAAGGAUGUGAGCCCUAAAUGCGAGGUGUUCAAGAAAACAUGUGAAAGUAACAAGUCCUGGAUGAAGCCCAACUGUAUGAAGACUUGCGGGUUUUGUACAGAUGCCGGCAAACGGGAAGACUUCCAAGACUACAGUGACAUCUACUAACGACCGCAUGACUGAAGACUAGUGGUAAGAUAGCGUGACUCGGGACGCUCAUAGAGUACGCAUGUCAAGGAACACGUGGUCAGGACCAUGAGAUAUUUCUGGAAUGUGAACCAUCCUUCAUCACGUAUUUGUAUUCCCUUAAUGAACAUUUCAUGUUGAAGCUUUUUAAUGCUUCAUCGACAAUAUUGCUUUCGACAUAUUGUGCCAAAAGACUUAAA